CCCCUCCCAUACACCCCCACUUUCUACAGCCUGUAAUUUCCAUAUGAGUGUAUCGCACACGAAACUCGUGCCUUCAUUCUUUAUUUUCUAUGAUGACAUCAAGACUUGGUAGGCCUACAGCUUGGGCUUUAGAUAGAUGGAGCCGUCGAGUUACAGAGCCGGGGAGCAGCCUAUCCAGUCCCCAGCUGCAAGGUCUGUAAUAACCGAAGUCUCGGAGAAGAGAGGAGAGCGAGAGGGACUCAAUGGGGAGGCAAUGAAACGUACUCAUCCGCGUAACUAGACACUACCAAUUCAGUUCAGUGUUCAGAGCAUGCGAGAGCACAGCUAGACCAACCCCAUUCAGUUCUAAUUACAAAGGAGUAGAGAGGGAGAAAACUGAAGUGUUCCAACGUAGGGAGGAGGCGAGAAAAGGGGCAAGACAUAGCCUACUGACGGCUUUCGAGCUUUACGGGCAUAUACGGCGAUUCUUGGCAUCAGCCUAUUGUGCAAAAUUACGGAUUUAUAACUGGGUGAAGUCGGGGAUAGUAAUCUACAGUCCUAUCCUUCACAAUGAAGAAAAACAAUUCAGCAAAACGGGGCCCCCAGGACACAAACCAGCACCCCACGCAGCCAGACAAAAUCGGUUGGAUUCGCAAGUUCUGUGGCAAAGGGAUAUUUAGGGAGAUAUGGAAAAAUCGUUUUGUAAUACUCAAAGGGGACCAACUUUACAUCUCAGAGAAAGAGGUGAAGGAUGAGAAGAAGAUCCAGGAGGUGGUUGACCUGACGGACUACGAGCGUUCUGAGGAGCUCCGCAAGGCCAAGAGCCGCAGCAAGAAAAACCACAGCAAGUUCACCCUGCUGCGCUCCAGAACCCCAGGCAAUAUGGUCCCUAACCUAGUGUUCCUGGCUGUUAGUCCAGAGGAGAAGGAGUCCUGGAUAAACGCCUUAAAUGGAGCAAUUACCAGAUCCAAGAACAGCAUCCUGGAUGAGGUCAUGGUUGAGGAUGAAAACCUUCUGUCCCAUCUCACACGGGACCGGGCUAAGAUCCCUCACACACGGCGCCUGCCUACACGAGGACACAUCAUGGCUGUGACCUCCACUUCUACCUCUGACGGCAUGUUGACCCUUGACCUGAUCCAGGAGGAGGCCAGCCCCAGCACAGACGGCCAGGACACCUGUGACAAGAGCUUCCGGGUCAACCUGGACAAAUCCACCCAGCUCGACUGCCUCAGGUCCAAAACAGAGGGUGCCAUCAGUAGCAUCUGCCUAGCGACUCCCGCAGAGGUCACUGGGAAGUCCCAGAGUCUGCCGCGCGAUACCGCGGUAGCCUGGGACGAUAAACAGCAACUUCAGAGCCCGAUGGGGAAAUCCUGCACCCCUCAGCCGGGCAAGAGGCUCACACCGGCCGAGAAAAGCCGCUGCGCCUCCAUGGACGAGAUCCUCUCGCACUCCGAGACGCAGGCCACCAAACCCAGGCCAUCCCUCCCCCGCUCGGCGACCUCCGCCCCCCUGGGCAACCUGCCGCCCAUCAGCCAGCUGCAGGACCUCAUCGCUCAGAAGCUGGAGAGAACUCAGGAGCUGCUGACGGAGGUGCAGGGGGCGAAGGGGAAAGGGAAGGACUCGCCAGGUUCCAAGGGCUCCAGGGGUUCCUCGGACGUGGCCCGGGCGGAGGCUGAGAGGCUGCUGAAGGAGGCAGCGUCCACAUGGGGUCAGGCCAAGGAGGUUCUAGAGGAGGUGAAGGAGCUGAGGGCGCUCUAUCUUCAGCUGGACUCCCUGCCCACCACCCCCACCUCGCUAUCACCCCUCACGCCCUCCAACAGUCGCAAGCAGACUGACUACAGGAAGAGCAUGAUGUGACCGUCAGAGAACUCAACACAGACUUGACUAUGAAUCCCUCAGCAAAAGAAAACUACUAAACAUGCAAAGCCACAAUAUUGUAAAAUAUGUCUGUUUCUCCCCUUCUGUGUCCUUUCACUUUAUUGAUGCUGUGACAAAGUGAGGACAUUCAGUUGCCCAACGACGUCCCCUGUGGUUGACCAUUGUGCCCUUACAUGUCUGCUUGAUGAAGGGUGUGUGGGGCAAUCUAGGAUCUGAGGUACAUGUUGGCCAGGGAGUCCAGUAGAGAUCCUGUCUCUCUGUACUGACCGGCUGCUGAAAGACCUUGUGAUACUGCAGUGUCAGGUUUUUCUCUCUAUGUUUUCCUCUGCAUUGGUUGUCAAAGAGGGGAUAUUCCACAUGUAGGGUUUGGCCGGGGAAUCAGAAGGGCUCUCCUCUCCAGGGAUAGACACACAGUGGUUGAGGAAAACUCAGAUUAGAGGAAGGGAAACAUGAUGUCCAGACCGGCCCCGCAUGUUGGGAAUGUGAAUGUUUUCCUUUUUCUGUUACACAACACACUGGAAGGUUGGUCUGAGCCAGAUUCCCAACGAGCACCGCUCUAAAACCAACAGCAGUCCACUGUACACAGUACAGUACACCAGCCUCCCUCCCUCCCUCUGCUGCUGCUCUGGGAAUGGAGCUCAGCGGCGUCCUCAUCUCUGCUGGUCCAUUAUGAUUCACAGGGACAAGGGGAGGUCGGGGAACCAGUUCACAGAGUCAGAACGCACUGGCGUUCCAUAGGGUGUUUCUGUCUGUUCCAUGAGCCAUAUGACACGGUCAAAAUGGAGGACGUCUGUCUGGGUUGUGUUGUUACUAGAUGGUACAUACUAGGACAGGGCUGUUCCUUUCCUGUAGGCCUACAGCCAGUUGUCUUCAGCCAGUUGCCACUGCAGCCAUUGUUUCGCAUGCUACUGAAGAGCCAUGGAGCCGGGAUGGCGUCUGUGUGUGUCUGGUAUGAGUGGUGAUUAUCAUGCUACUGUAGAGCCAUGGAGCCGGGAUGGCGUCUGUGUGUGUGUAUGGUAUGAGUGGGAGACGUGACAUAGAGGUCAGAUGCAGUACUGAGGAGAGGAACCACUUGUAAGUGAUUUGCUAAAAUAGUAAUAAUAUCAGAAUUGCACUAUAAAGGAAGGCUGUAAAACAAGAGGAUGAAACUGGCGGGUAGAAACUGGAGAGAACAGAUGUGUCUAAUAUGGCUUUUCACUCUGUUCUACAUAUUUGUUACGACAAUCUACUGUGUCUAGAAACAUACAGACUGCACAGUUCCAACACCUUGAUACCUAAGACAGUCGCUCGGCUCGCUACUGUUUGAAAAUCUGAGCUUUUCAAAGGUACAAUGUGUGUAAACAAUGCUGUUGAUGAAUACAUCCCUCCGGCUAGCUAACAGUGAUGCUAAUGCUUGACCUCUGACCUCCCUGUCCUACUUAAGGUCUAAUAGGGUUUAUGUCAGAGAAGAGAGAGAGAGAGAGAGAGAGAGAGAGAGAGAGAGGGCGAGAGAGAGAGAGAGAGAG